AUGGCCAAGAAGACGCAGCCUCAGAUGGUAGAGCAGAUGGAUGCUUCGCUGCACGAGCCCAUCAACAAAGAUGCGCCGCUUACAAUUUACGGUUCUAAACUCAAGCCCGAACUGGCGACAGCAGCGCUGAACUUGUCGAUAGACUUCCUCAAGCAGCAACAGUCGCUGGCCAACCAACACGUUAUGUGGCACCGCAAAACACUAGGAACUGCGUUCCUAUGCGCAUUCGUGUACCUCGCGCCUAGAGCCACAUUUCCAAAGGGCUCGAAGUCUGUAAUGGGAACAGUCGUGCAGUUUGUGCUUAUGAACAAGGCCCAACUUGUGUACUUCGCAGUGGUGACAAUACUCGCCGCAUCUUUCAUCUUCACGUUCCUAGCUAGGUUCACGGAAGACCUCUUCAAGCGCAAGAUCAGCCAGGUGGUGGACACGAACGGUGUGGCCGUUUUUGGCGUUGACCUAACUGAGCUGGUGAAGGGUGAUAUCAAAGACAAGAGCAAGCUCGAUAACACGCAGGUUAUUGUGUACAGGGAGACCCCAAUUGCUCUGGCGAGCGUUGUAGAGAACAGUCUCAUGUCUUCCAACGAUGCGCUGGUGAUGGGCGUGUCGACCAUUGGGUCCCGUAGAGUUUACCUUCAGAGCGGAAUCAUCGAAGACCUACUGGACUGGGCUUUGAUUCGCACAAAAAACAUCCAAAAAACCGGCAAGUUCGAGGCCGGAAACUCCAUGAAGCUGCUAGUCGAGGUUUACUCUUUUGACAAGGUGAUAAAAAAGACCCUAAAGAGCAAAGGUUUCUCGUUGAUCAAGGCCGUCAAGCUCGAAGAAUCGCGUCUGCUGGGCGGCUUGUUCGGGGUGAAAAAAGAACUGUGGGGUGUGCAGUUCCACUUUGACUCUAAGAAGCAAAAAUGA